AUGUCCCCUCAAAUGGAGGUGUUCAUUAAAGCCCUCUCCCGGCUCCUAGGGUGGUCAUAUAUGCUAUGUUGGUCAGGGUCUUUCUAUCCCCAACCUCUCACCAAUAUCAAACGCAAGUCUACGGUCGGCUUAUCGAUUGACCUGUCCACAAUCAAUCCAUUGGGUUUCGUUUGCUAUGCGAUAUACACCGGCGCAUUUUUAUACUCACCAGUAAUUCGUGCGCAAUAUGCAGCCCGACACCCCGUCGCCGAGGAGCCGACAGUCCGGUUCAACGAUUUUGUAUUUGCGGCCCACGCGGUGGUGCUGACCCUCAUCAUGUAUACACAAUUUUGGCCAUUCAUCUGGGGUCUGCAUGUGUCCCGCUUUCAGAGGAUUAGUUGGCUGAUGGCCGGUCUCUUUUGGGGAUCUGUUCUGGCUCCUGUGGUGGUUAUGUGGAUUGUGUUAGCGCGUAGCCCGGAUGGGGGACAUGAUCCUUCAUCCUGGGCGUGGAUUGACGUGAUCUAUUCGUUCUCAUAUGUCAAACUUCUCAUCACCAUUGUGAAGUAUAUGCCGCAGGUGUGGUUGAAUUACCAGCGCAAGUCGACGGUGGGCUGGAGUAUUGGGACUAUUUUGCUGGAUUUGGCCGGUGGUGUUCUUUCGAUGGUUCAACUGAUACUAGAUUCCAGUCUUCAAAAUGAUUGGAGUGGUAUCACUGGUAACCCGGUCAAGCUGCUGCUCGGCAAUGUUACGAUCUUCUUCGACAUGAUCUUCGUGAUCCAACACUAUGUCUUGUACCGGGAGGACUCGAAAAGAACGCCUGGCCCCGGCGUGCGAACACCACUCCUCGCUCAAGACGAUCCUGUGAGAGCCCAGGCAUGA